AUGCGUGAAUUGAAAAGCGGUGAAAUGGCCGACGAACAAUUGUGGACAGCUGAACAGAUCAGACUGCACUCACGGGAUUGGUGUCUGUCCGGGGACGAUGCGGGAACGUUGAAAGAGAUUGGAGCAACAGAAGUGGUUAAAGAAGCGAUUGCUCGCAGCUUGGCGGUACUUGAAGACAAAUUCAUCAGAACCGACGGCUCAACAGCACCGACGGAGACAGACGGUGGUAACAACCAAGCUGACCGUUACCAUCCAUGCUAUCAAAUGAAGAACCCAUACACUCACUGUCCGUUGCCAUUCAUUAUUGGCUCAAAGGAGUUUCGACAACAGCUCGAGGUUUGCAAACCUGUCAACAAAGAAGACCAGGGAAGCAUUGCGCCAGCCACUGAACGUUCAACGUUGCUCGAUGUCAGUCAGUCAUCUACCGGAGUGACUUUGGUCGACAAUACGGACAAAGAUGAACUAAGCUCUAAUGUUGUCCAUCGAAGCUCGAAUAAAGAAGCAAGCGCCAGUGAUUACUCUGAGCCCCCGACUGAGUCGCCUUUGUUCAAUAAUAAACCGUUGGGCGCUGAUCAGAAGGAAGAAAGGGCUGAACCUUUGUCUGGCGAUCUGUUUCAUGGGUAUGACCAAAAAGUGCCUACACCACCUUCUUUUCCGGCAACGGUGUCGCCAGUUCGGUCGAAGCAGGGCGAAGAAGGAACACCAAAGAAAAGUGAUAGCCAGCCGGUUUUAUCACGCGAUUUCAGGAAUGAGCUCGAUAAGGUGCUUACUUCUAAAAGUCUCCGUUUGGAUGGCACCGUUCAACAACCGUUGACCAGCAAAACCUCUGAUGAGGAUGUUGUAGCACAAUCCUCAAAACCGUGCCUCGAUUCCGAAGAAGCUGAUGUCCAAUACGAAGAUGAUCUUUUCCUUUGGCGACCACCUCCGCUGGUACCUUCGAGGCCUGGUGCUUCGCGGAAGAUGCAACAGCAAGAAAACGCGGCUUUCCGUAAUUCUCCCGAGAGAAAACCAACGUCGUUCUUGAAUCCGGCCGUUUCUUCUUCCGAGACAUGUACCACUACGCCGAUUGGAAAAAACAUACCUUCACAAUCCGCGCACUUGUUUUCCAAACAGGUUAUCGAUAAUUCGAUCCCGCCUGUUCCGUUUGUUCCACCAGUAGUUGUCGAAAAUUCGAAGAAGCAGCUUUUGCCUCGACAUCUUGACAGUGUUGAUAAAAUUGACGUGGCCGUUAGAACUUCAUCUCUUAAACCGUUUCAGCUUCAUCAGCAGCAGGUCGCCACUUUUCCGUCAGCCAGCGAAGUUUCACCGAAGCCAAGGGACGAGGAGUGCGCUGCGCUAGUUAAAGAAAGGCAGACGCUUGUUCCUGUCGUUGUAGACGACGACGAUGAGGGUAUUUUCGCCGGCACGUCGAAUAAAACUGCUAUGAAAGCUGAGAAAAAGGCGAAAACCAGAGACACUGAGGUCAGACAGCAAGUGGACGCUUCUUUGCCUGUUGUAGCCGACAGUCUGUUUGACAGUGACGAUGAUGACAUUCUGUUUGGUGAUCUGCUCAAGCACGACGCUUUAGAGAGGUCUUCUACAAAGUUGAUGCCAACUUCAGGCGAAGAUACAUUGCUUGAAACGAAUGAAAAAAACCAAGUGUACAAUGAUCUGUUUUCAGUCAUGCGAGUAGAACUGAACCAGAAAUUGUCGUUUAAAUCCGGAGAACGUUUGCAGACUGCGGAAGAGAAUAACAUCGUUCCUGUUGCUGAAGUACGAAGCAGCAGGGCCAAAAUUCCGUCAGCAACUAGAAAGCUGCCAAGUCGCAAACUUCCUCUGAGUAUUAGUUCGAACAGUCCAGUUUUGGACAGCGGCGGAAGUUCUGCUCAUAAAUUUUUCUCAGAAGACAUCGGAAUUUUACCUCAGCCGAGUACCCCUUCGAAAAAUGACGCUCAAGAUUUUGUCGUUGAGAAGGCGGUGGUCUCGAAGGUCAGUGAGCCCUCGUUAAGGUCAGAUAAAAGUCAGGGCAAUGAACGGAGCAUUGAGCCAGUGUUUGCCGAAAGCGACGAAGAAGAACUCUUCGUAACAAAGAAGACUUCCGACCAACUGAAGCCAUCAGAAAUUAAAGUCAGUCAUUCCAGUAGCCAAGGAAAACCGCCCUCUACCCCGAAACGAAUCGAAACGAUUACCGGCAAGCCUUCGAUUGGUUCCACUCUCCAGAAUACACUGGUUUCGAAGAUCUCUACAGGACUUUUCGAUGAAGACGACGAGAGUUAUUUGGAGUUAUUUAAAUGA